GAGAGAGGGGAGAGAGAGAGAUGGAGUACAAGCAUUUCAGCCACCAGCACACCUUGACCCUAAACAAAGUCCAACCAGGGCAGCAGCUCCACUGCCAUGGCUGCCACCGCCUCUGCCAUGACUCGAUUUUCGCCUGCUGGAGCUGCAAGUUCUUCCUCCACGAGCACUGUGGAAAUGCAAACAGAUUUGUGAAGCACCCAUCCCACAAGCAGCACCCUCUCAUCCUGAUGCCUAAUCCCACAUACUGCAGCAGCUCCUUCUUGUGCAACGGCUGUGGUGUGGCCGGCAGCACCUUCUCCUACUGCUGCGCCCUCUGUGAGGUCGAUCUGCACGUGCCAUGCGCCUAUCUCCCGCCAAAGGUGAAGCACCAGAGCCAUGAACACGAGAUAUGCAUCAGUUACCAAACAACACAAGAAAAAGACUCCACCCCUCAACUCUGCAAGAUUUGCACAACAGAGCUGAGCUCUAAGCAUUGGUCCUAUCUCUGUGGUCAGGCCGGCUGCACUUUUCGCAUCCACACCUUCUGCGCCACUGCUGAGGUUAAACUGGGUUUGCAUCAGGACGAUGAACCGGAUCAGGCCCAACCUCCCGUUGUCUUCUACAUCUGAACAAAUAUUAUUGAGCCAAUUUUUUAGUUUGUUUGAUUAAGAACAUCUACUAUGAUUAAUCUUGGAUGUGCA